UAAUUUCCGCCCCUGCGGUGAGUGGGUGCAGGAGAGGGUAGUGUGGGCUGGGCUCGGCUGCCUGGAGACGAAGACUGGGACCCGCACCUCCCUCCCUCGCCACCACACUACACUACACCCCACCACUCCGACUGGGAAUGGUGAGUACUUUCACUUUGUUCCACACAGACGGCCGCCGCAAUUACCUCGUUACCACUUCCUGAUAGGUGAAACCACCAUGUAGUUGUGUUCGGAGAGAAGGUUCUUCUGCUGCUAACCAGACGGCAAGCUGAAGAGGGAAUUGGCUCCAUUGGAUACUGUCUUGGUGGUGUGUAGUGCAUAGGUGCGGCUCCUCACGGCAGCACAUGGCUCGAUUAUUCAGAUGGUUCGGAGAUUUCAGGAGGAACAGGAACCGGGGCCAAAAUGGCAGCUCCAGCCCGCAGCCGAGCAGCAGAGCGACGGGUCCGUGUAAGAGCCAGAGUACCACCAGCCCCUCCCCACAGACCACCGUGGCCGCUGCUGCCUCCUCGUCCCGCAGGUUCGACUGCAAGUCCCGAUGGAGCAAGCAGUACGAUGUGUGCAUUUGCCACGCUGAGGAUGACGUGAUCUACGUGCAGGACCUGGUGGCUUACCUGGAGCUCAGGCCACACAGUCUCCGCUGCUUCCUGCAGAUCCGGGACCUGGUGCCAGGGGGCGCCAUCUGCACCGAGCUGUGCCAGGCCGUCCGACAGAGCCACUGUUGGGUCCUGGUCAUCUCGCCAGCCUUCAUUAAGGACCCUUGGUGCGGGUACCAGAUGCAGCAGGCUUUGUCCGAAUCCCCCAAAGCUAACGGGAGGGUCAUUCCCGUCCGCAUGCAGCUGGAGCGCAAGGACUACCCGCUGGAGCUCCGCUUCGUGUUCGGAAUCGACGUUGGAAUGGAAAAGGAGAAUGGCUUCCAGAGGAUCAAGCGAGCUAUACUGCACUAUCUUGAGGAGCUCUGCAGGAAGGAUGGAGAAGAGCAACAACACACAGACACUGAGAGCCGCACAGCGACUGCCGGCAACACCGCAGACUCGAGUGGACCUUGCUGAGAACAUGACGGACAAGGCACACGAUGUCACCGUCGACGAGUUGGGAACAGACAGUGGAGGAGUCAGACCCAGCCAUUAAACUGGAAAGAUUGUUGGUCCAUUUCUGUAGUGUUGUAUGUAACUUAGUAUCUGUCUGAAUCCCUGUGUGUGCUGGAUACCUCUCUGUUACUUUAUCUGCUCUUUGUAAGUGUGUUUAUAUCUGUUCUGUAUAAUUUGUACGUGCAGCGCAGUGUGUGUGUAUGUAUGUUAUAGUCAUAUAGCAUGGGAACAGGCCCUUCGGCCCUACAUCCCCAUGCCGACCACCUGCUCACAUUUGGCCCAUGUCCUUCUAACCUUUCCUAUCC